AUGGGUCUUCCAAGACCAUGCCGUACCAACCCGUAUUUCGAUACUCGAUUUAGGCCUGUAUUAGUGGAGCAAGAUAAGUAUUCUAUAAUGUACUAUAACUCACUUGCGCCAUUAUUGGGAAAAAGUAAAAGGAUAAGGAUACGAGAAAGACGACUUGUCCGUACCACCAUAGCAGCUGGAAAGCAAGAGAGGAAAAUGAUGAAAGUCGCGAGUCCGCUCCCAACUGGGCACGUGCGAAUCCUGUUGAGCCACACGUGCCUCCGACAUUCAAUAAUUUCAACCAAACCGCGAAAGUCACGUCAUUAUUAUAAACUCGAAACGCAUGGGGAAGUAGAACCAUCGCAACCUCACUCGCACAGCAAAUUCCAAACUACAAUGGCGAAAAAAGAAGGCAUUGAUGAAGCUCAGAGCGAGUUUCGAUCGAAGUUCCUUCAAGUACUUCGUAGUAGACGACCAGCUCAAGUUCCAUUAACCGUCGAACUUGCGAAGCCAGUGGCGAAUCCUUUGCAUCAAAACUCUCCUCCAACGAAGGAAGAGAUCCAGAUAAUGGAAUCGUGUCCGAAGGCUGAUACAGAGAACCUUGAAGGGUUGCUUGAGGAGGAGUACCUCUACUUGAAUAUAGAGGAAGGAGAGCAAGGACGGUUGCCGAUGUUGAUUUUGAAGUUGAAGGAAAGCGAUAAGCAGGGAAAAAGGCCUGCAGUUGUUUUUCUUCACAGUACGAACAAAUACAAAGAAUUAGUGCGUCCAUUGCUCAAGGCGUAUGCUUCGUGGGGAUAUAUAGCAAUUUCGGUGGAUUCUCGUUGCCAUGGAGAACGUGCCACAUGCGCAAACACCUACCAAGAUGCACUUGUGUCUGCGUGGAAAACGGCUGAUACGAUGCCAUUCAUAUAUGACACGGUCUGGGACUUGAUUAAAUUGGCAGAUUAUCUAACACAAAGAGAGGAUAUAGACCCUUCUAGAAUAGGAAUCACCGGAAUAUCACUUGGAGGAAUGCAUGCAUGGUUUGCUGCAGUAGCUGAUACUCGCUAUGCUGUGGUUGUUCCUCUGAUUGGCGUUCAGGGGUUUCGAUGGGCCAUAGACAACGAUAAAUGGAAGGGUCGAGUUGAAAGUAUAAAGCCGCUUUUUGAGGCGGCUCGAAAUGAUUUGGGUAAAGAUGUAAUUGACAAAGAAGUAGUGCAGAAGGUAUGGGACAGAAUUGCUCCAGGUUUAGCUUCCCAAUUUGAUUCACCCUAUUCAAUUCCAGCUAUAGCACCACGUCCAUUGCUUAUUCUUAAUGGUGCCGAAGAUCCUCGGUGUCCCGUUGAAGGCUUGGAAGUUCCAAUGUCAAAGGCAAGCCAGGCAUACGAAGAGUUUCAGUGUUUAGAUAAUUUAAAGGUACGGACUGGUCAUAAUAAAAGUAAGAAUUUUAUUGCUGAACCUGGAGUUGGACACCAAUUAACUAGAUUUCAAGUGAAAGAAUCAUUGGAUUGGUUUAAUAGGUUUUUGAAACCUUAG